CUUCUCCACAGUGUGUGUGUCUCUGAGUGUGUCAGGUGUGUGUGUGUUGCGGCUCGCCGCUCUCGCGGCAGCAGCUCGGCUCUCGCGGGACCAGCAGCAGCUCGGCCGCCAUGUUGUGUGUCAGUAUUUUGGUUCGUAUGUGCUGAAGUGGAGAAAAAGCUCUUGGAGUCGGGCUGUGGAGGGGAGGGGGGGCGCAGACACCGACUGUCACACCGCUGCUGCCGAGCCCGCGUCGCACGGCCGCCUGCUGGGGCUCCGGAGCCCCCCCGACGCUGCGCGGAGGACACAAGGCCCCGGGCCUCGGUGCGGCUUGGCCCGUCUCUCGGCUUCUCCUCUCCGCCUCCGCGGCCCUGCGGAGGUCCGGCGGCGGGUUCGGCCGUCGAAGGCGGCCCGGGGAGCGGCGGCGGCGGCGGGACUGGAAGAUGUUUGAAAUGAAGGCGAUGUGCUGCCACCACUGACGCCCCGGCGCGCCGAACAGAACCCGCAGACCUGAACCGGCAAAAUACGAAUGGCCCAGGGAAGCCAGCCCAUUGACAUUCAGGUUUUGCGUGACCUGCGCCAGAAGUUCCCAGAAGUCCCAGAGGGUGUCGUGUCCCAGUGUGUUCUGCAGAACAACAACAACAUCGACGCGUGCUGCCAGUACUUGUCCCAGGUCAGUCCAGGCUACCUGUACGCCGAAGAGGGGAGCCUCCGAUUCUGCGACGACCCCGGCUACCAGCUCCGCAAUCACAUGACCCAGCUGAACCUGGGCCUGGAGCCGCAGAAUGUGCACGUGGCCCCCGCGCGGGACGGCCUGAGGAUGAACGGCAGCCGGACCCUGGCCCACAGCGUGAGCGAAGGGCCCCUCCCCACCGGCCCCAGCAGUGACUUCUACCAGCCGAGCCCCAGUCGGCGCCCGUGCGGGGUGCCCUCCUCCCUCGACGUGUUCGGCGUGAUGGAGCCCACGCGCGAACAGCAGCCGCCGCAGCACCUGGGACUACCGCUCUGCGUCAAAGGAUCCGCCAUGGGGGGCCAGCAGGCGCCGCGCUUCAACCCCAUCACCGUGACGCUGGCGCCCAACAUCCAGACGGGCCGCAACACGCCCACUGCUUUGCACAUACACGGCGGGCCGCAGUCGGGCCUCAGCAGUCCACAGGGGAACUCCAUCUACAUCCAGGCUACGUCAGCCAGCCGCGGCGGCCGGCAGGGCCAGCAGGGCGGCGGCCGGGCGCAGUACAGCCCCACCUCGCAGCCGCAGCAGCAGAUCUACCAUAUCUCCCACCCGUCCUCGCUGGCGGGCUCCUGGUCCGGGCCGCAGUACGCCGCCUCCUUGCAUACCUCACAGCAGCAACAGCCGCAGGGCCACCAGACCUCCCACGUCUACAUGCCCAUCAGCUCCCCCACCAACCCGCAGGCGCCCGCCAUCCCCCCCGCCGGCAGCCAGGUCCCUCCCUCCGGGGUGUCCUCCUGCUCCUCCUCGUCCUCGUCGUCCUCCUCGGCGGCGCCCGCUCCCUGUCCGCACGUCAGCCAGUACAACAUCCAGAACAUCUCCACGGGCCCCCGCAAGAACCAGAUCGAGAUCAAACUUGAAUCUCCGCAGAGGAGUAACUCCAGCACGGCCGUGCUGCGGACCGGCGGCCCGCGCUCCUCCUCCGCCUCCUCGUCCUGCCCGUCGUCCUCCUGCUCGCCCUCCGCCGGGGCGUCCGCCGCCCCCACCAGCCCCCUGUCCAUCGGGGGGGCGGGUCUCAGCCGCAGCCAGCCCACUGUUUACAUCUCCGCCAGCCCCCCCCGCCGCCGCCCCCGCCGCCCGCCCGAGGACGCCCCGGCGACCGCGGCCGGCUCCCGCUCGCAGCCCCAAGUUUUACAUUUCUGCAACGCCUCUAGCGACGACGGCGGGGGUCGGAACCCCCCCACGGUCUACAUCUCAGCAAACCCUCCCCUGCAGGGGCCCCCGGGGGCCAGGAAAAUGGGGGGCCAGAUGAGCAUGGGCCCCGCCUACAUCCACCACCACCCGCCCAGUCCGCGGCUCGGUGUGGGCGGCGCGGGCCCCGCCUCCUCCCCCCGCGUGGUUGUGACCCAGCCCAACACCAAGUACACUUUUAAAAUCACGUGUCUCCCAACAAAGCCCCCGGCCGUGUCCCCGGCGUGGUCUCCCCACCUUCCGAGGCCCAACAACCUCCUCAGCCUCCCCGCAGACCACCAUUUCGUGGAGCCGGACCCGCUGCACCUGUCGGACCCGCUGUCGCCUCACAGGGAGCGGCCCAGCGAGCCCCGCAGGCUCAGCAUGGGCUCCGACGACGCCGCCUACACGCAAGCGUUGCUGGUGCAUCAGAAGGCCCGUAUGGAGCGGCUAUGGCACGAGCUGGAGGUGAAGAAGAAGAAGCUGGAGAAGCUAAAAGAGGAGGUCAACGAGAUGGAGAACGACCUGACCCGGAGGCGGCUGGAGGCGCCAACCUCCGCCUCCCAGAUCCCCUCUAUCGAGGAAUGAAGCAGUUACGAUGCAAAAAACCGGUCGCGACUCCAAAUCGAUAUCGACUGCCUCAGCAAAGAAAUUGAUCUCCUUCAGACAAGAGACCACACUUUAAUUCCCAGUGCAAGCCAUAACUUCUAUGACAACAUUGGAUUCCUCGGUCCUGUUCCGCCUAAACCCAAAGGUACUUUAUCCAUCGACCCGGGCAGUAAGCUUGUGAGUCUCACAGACCAGGAGGAGGACGAGGGGACGGAGUGGAACUGCACGGCCUGCACCUUCCUCAACCACCCCGCCCUCAACCGCUGUGAACAGUGCGAGGUCCCUCGGCACUUCUGAGCCGGCCAGGCCUCGACCAUCCCCCCCGCCCCGCCCCGCCCCGCCCGCCCCGCGUUGACCGGUUCUCCUCCUCCUGAGGGCCGUCAGACUGAACGGACCCGACCGCGACCUCACCGAGAGACCGAGAACAGAACCGCAGCGCACCGGUCCGCCUGGCCCUCCACCUGCAGGGAAACCUCACUGCUCCCACUCAGUAGUUAACACACACAUUACACACACAUUACACACACACACAUCGCCCUUUUGGUGGACGGGAACCUGGAAUGAGCGUUUCGCUGGGUGGCCGGCGGCCCUCGGUGGGGGAGGGCAGCUGCCGGACUCGGUGGUUUGGCGGGGUGGGGGCGGACGGGGAGCCCGCCUCUGGCCCCGCCCCUCUGUCGAGCUUCCCGUCUCUUCAGUCCUGAGUGGACACGGAAACUCUGUUGCAUGCUUUGUGUCCAGCACACGGAGGCAGAAACUCCCCUCGGCUCUCUAUUGUACAUAAGUUUAAAAUGUGCCUUACAAGCCUUCCUCACACUAUGAAUCACUUGUAUUUUCCUGUAAGUAUAGCUUUAUAUACUUUAUUAACUUUUUUUUUUUGUUUUGUUUUUCGUCUCGUUUCCCCCCCUCCUCGAGCGAAAUGAGCGCCGCGGGUCCCUUUUAAGCUUUUCCCCUCAGUUUCUGUGAGAGUUGAAGCCUUGCAGGAAGAGGAGCAGAGCAGUUGGAAUCCUGGCAGUCAUCAUGAAGCUACAUCUGCCGGUCCGCUAGUCGCUGAGUUUCCUGUGUGCGAUCUGCAGAUCCAGCAGAGGAAGGCGAUGGAGGGGCCUUUUGGGGUGGUUUUUGUUUUCUUUUUUUUCUUUUUUUUUUUUUUCUUAU